GGCCAUGGUCUGUCCGAGACUGGUUCCAAGGUAAUGUGCCACUCGUCUGUUGGUCGGUCGCCUUUGUCCAGUCGCCGUGUUCUUAGGACUGCAAGGGUAACGGUGGACAGCAGCCGUGGAUACUAGUGAAGAGACUUGUCCACGGAGGUGGGUUGCUGGUCAUACUUACUCAAGUCGAGGUUCUUCGACAAUGAAUAGCUGACAAAAUGUUGCAGAUCAAAAAAGAAUCCAUAAAAAGGGAGAGCCCCGAGGCUCCCACUCCUGAUAGUACAACUGUUGAAAGCAAGAGUUAUAUUUGUGGAGAAGAAGUAUUGGUUCAUUUAAAUGAUGAACGAUUUUAUUUAGGAUUUAUAGCAAAAUUAAGGUAUAAAGAAUCUAAAUGCUUAGUUAAGUUUGGCGAUAAUACAGUAAAAUGGGUAUUCUUAAAAAAUGUCACACGAAUGACAUGUACAAGUACGACUACCCAAUUUUGCAAUGUGUGCAAUAUCGAGGCUAUGCCAGAUGAUAUUUGUGUAUGUGAUAAAUGUGCUAAUGUAUACCAUCGUAAAUGUCACAAGCCAGAAGUUGAAAUUCCAGAUGUUAGUGUAUGGAUAUGUUUCCAAUGCAAGGAAAAACAACAGAUUAAUAGACUGCAAGUUAUAAACUCUGUAUCAAGCACAAUUGUUCCAAAACCCGUUAAACUACCUUAUGAUUUAAAUGCUUUACAGUGGGACAUACAUCAUCGUAUUAACAAUUUAGGAACCUAUUGUUAUUGUGGAGGACCAGGUGACUGGUUUAUUAAUAUGCUGCAAUGUGGUAAAUGUUUACAAUGGUUUCAUGAAAAAUGUGUCUCUUCAUUGAUAUAUCCUCUGUAUCUCGGUGAUAGGUUUUAUGUCUUUUUGUGCUCAGUGUGCAAUGUAGGUACAGAAUUUGUACGGCGCAUUGAAAUGGAAUGGUCAGAUUUAGUUCAUCUUGCCCUUUUUAAUAUGACUGCUUAUAAACCACAGAAAUAUUAUGAUGUGGACUUAAAUAUUCUUCCAUACUUAGAUAACCAUUGGACUUCAAUGUAUCUACCUCCUAAAAUUCUUAAUGUUCCUGUUGAUGACAGGAAAGUUUAUGUUGUCAAUUCCCUGCUCAAAGACACCAAUCAUAGGUUUGAAUUCCAGGGUAAAAAACCCACCAACAUGUGGGGACUCCGACUGAAGUUGCCACCUAAACCCCCACGUUUCACGUUACCUGCAGAAGUUCCAAUUAAUGAAAAUCUUUUGCAUCACCAAUUGCGCAAUAAACUUAACCUCAGUAUAUUACCACCUCCAAAAAAGACUGAUUUUGUAGUAAAUGAACGACUUACCGAGUCAAUGUAUUCUGUGGAAGGAUUGAAAUUUUUACAUCAAGAUUCACAUGUUGUUAUGUUACCAAAAGGCCUUCCAUCAGUUGGACAUAAUGUAUGUAUUAAAAGUGCCAGUCCAAUUGUACCUGUUCCAAGAUCUGUUAUUGAAAGACGGAUUAGGCAACAACAGAUAGAGACAAAUAAACGAAGUUCUCGAAGUUCGAGUGUGAUUACGAAUAAAGUUAAAAAAUCAAUAAAAAAAGAAAAAGUUCCUGAAAGUCGAUCACCAUCGCGUUCAACUGAGAGUACUCCAGAAAAAUAUAUAUCUGCAUCUGAAGAAGAAUUGACUAGUGAAGACGAACCAGAUGAUGAUGAAGACCUUGAUGACGAAGAUGAUAUUGAUUUGUUACGUACAACCGAUCUUCAAAGUCGCCGUAGUCAGAGACUUAGUGUCAAUCGUUUAUUAAAUGGGCGACCAACACUUCCACGUGAGACUCGUUCUGCUUCAUCAAUUACUUUGCCACUUUCUUUAGCACCUGUAAUUACUCAACCACAAGUUCGCACUACCAAACGACGUUUAAGUGAAAAAGAUUUGCGAGUUGAUCGUAAUGGACAAUAUUUAGUUAAACGUAAGAGGUUACGCCGGAAUGGCUUACAGAAUAGCGGUUCAACUCCAACUAAACGCCAGUCUAAGACCAACUGUAAUGGUCGUCCAAUAUAUAAAUCGUAUUCAGAUUUUUUUGCAAAUCAUAGUCACUCUGUAAAUAGACCUUGUUCACCUGAGAAUGCUGUAGAUUCUACAGCUGAUCUUAAAACUCUUGUACAUUCGUAUUUCGGUGCUAGUAAUAGGAUUGCUAAUGGUGAAGAAUAUACUAUAUUAUGUAAAAGAACUAACCCAGAUGGGUCAGAAGAAUUUUUAAUUAGAUGGGAUUAGUGUAUUCUAUUAUAAUCAUAAACAUAACAAUAUUGUUUAAUUAACGUAAAUUUCAAAAUUCCCAUAGAAGAAAAAUAAAAUGUUAAUACAUUUUGAUUACAUGAUUUUAAUGAUUGUGUUAGUUGUUAUGCUUUAACAUUCUGUUACUAUUACCAAACUUGGUAUUCUGCUGUUAUUAUCAACGUUCCUGAUUUGAUUUUUAAUUUCCUAUUCAUAGCUAUUGUGAUGAGAGUUGUAUUAAAUUUAUAUUGUUUUAAUCAAUAUAUUUCCCGGAUGGAAUGUUGGCAAUGAUUAGUUGAUACAAAAUGAUUCCUAUAUUAUAUUAACACAUGUCAAUAUAAAUACAUAGGAAAUGGCUCAGUUUUAUCCAUUAAUAUGCAAUAUCAAAGCACAUAAUUUAUUCUUAAUAGAUUGUCUGUUGGAUAUUGUUUUUAAGAAUAAUGGCCUUAUUUCAACUUUUUGACAAUUGUCAUAAAUAUUAUGCCUAUAAUAAUUUCCUACUACUUAUUAAUUACUUUCAUAAGAUAGUGAAUGUGUAUGGUCGCACAAGAUUUUAAGUGAAUAAUUUAAAUCAAGCGAGUGUAAAAAAGAACAAGUUGUAUUUAUCAUUAUUAUUAUAUAUUUUUUAACAUAAAUUGUGUUCAUAUUUAUAGUCUAGUGAUAGCUAUGGUAAUUUUUUGGGUAAAAUUACCUCAUCACAUUGUACUGGUCCUCAACCCAUCCCAUAGUAUGUAAUUUUUUUAAUUUUUAAUUUUAAACUUUUUCUUAAAAAGUUAACCUAAUUGAGUAUUUAAUCAUUGGU